GUUUAUAUGUUCUGCUAGCACAUAACCUAACGUCAAUUUGUCUGCUUCGUGCUUUUCAAGUUAUGGCAAGUUAAAAGUGCUUUGCAAUUGAUUGACAAAAGUGUACGAAAAUGCAGUGCUGCAAGGCGAAGGCACGUCUGGCGAUUCGCCUGACCCCAAGCGUGCGUUUCGUCGGCGUCGAUGUGCAAUUCAAAAAUGUGCCCUCGUCUUACAAAUACACCGGGUACUACAAGAAGGCUCGCUUGAUCGACCCGGAGUCCGAGCCCUCUUUCAUACCUCUGAAAUGUUACAAUCCACCUCAAAUCGACGAGAAUGGAUGUUUGACACUUCCAGUCAUGGAGUACACGAGGGAGGCUAGAACACGAAGAACGCGAGAGCUGUGGCACGAAAAAGUCAGGAAGCUGGAUACGGUGGAGGAAAAGAUUUUUGAGCUAAGCAUGCCUAGAUACUAUGGUUGGAAGGCAUAUCAAUUGGGCGAAGAGUUGGUGAUGUACGAUGCAUUGCCCAAGACUCAGUACAUGACUCAAACGCAUAUUGUUAGUGAACCAGGCCUUCCAUUGCAUUAUGAUCAGAUCUUGGAUGCAGAAACAAUUGAUGCAACCGUUCGAGACAUCAAAGAUCAAGUGGAAGAAACAUUGGUUUUUGAGUACAAUUACAGAAAACAAGACUAUCAGUUUUCUUUGAAAGAAUUAGAAGAUAAGACUUUGCAAGAAAAUAUCAGAACCAAAGCUAUUAGUGAACAAAUCAAUAGAAUAUUGAUGUCAAGUUUAUCAAUGAAAUAUCCUCAUUUAAUGGAAUCUCAAAUAGAUAUUGAUCCACGCAUUGAAGCUUUUUGGUUCUUUGGUGGUUUUGAAGUCCCUCCUCUAAUUAAGAAAGCAAGAAAAAGUAAAGAAAAUUCUAAAGAAUGGGCAGAUGAGCCUGUAAAUCAACAAUUACAAUAUAAGGGAAGACCAAUUUUACAAGUAAGGCAUCAAUUACCUCUGAGAGAAAUAAUGUCUAUGGAAGCUACCAAAGAUACCAGUUGGGAAAUUCCAGUCGAAGAUUUAGAUCCAAGAACUGUAGGGUACAAAAAGCUUCAUGAACAUGCAUCAAUUAUUCCAGGAUUCUGGCCUGGAGAUCCCAAUGAAUUUGGAUUAGUGUCAUAUCAUAACAUGGGCUACCUUCAUAAGAGACACGAGACUUAUGAAGAUAGAGAAGAGGCAAUCAAAUCGCAAGCAAUCUUAGCAAACUUUGCAUGGCUGUACGGACAAGCAUGUUAUCAAGGUUUUUCUACUUUCCACAAUCCUACUUAUCCCUUGGUCAACCAAGCAGUUAUCACAAAUGGUCAAGAGUGGAAUUUCUCAGUUUAUCAAUUAAAUACUACCACCAUGCACAUUGAUGCCAUUAAAGAAAAUGAAACCAGAAAUAUGUGUUGGGUAACAGAGCCAAUGAAACUUUUUGAGUGCAUCGAGGAUGACAAAGUCAAAGGAUUCAAUGAUGAAGUAUUAAAGAAUUUGAUUAAAUUUUAUGCCAAUGUACCUCAAGUUAGAGAAGGAGUUGACAUGAAACCGCACUUAGUCAAAGAAAAGCUUGUUGCCAAUAUCGAAGACCCAGAAAGAAGGAAAUGGCUAGACGAAAGAUAUAAACAUUUAUUAUCCAAUCGCCCUAGACAUAGACUGGUACCUGAAAUCUACGACUGGCAGAGGAUCUAUAUGAUCGACAACAAAACGAGGCCCUUGGACAAAAGGCGAGACUGGUGGCAAUUCAAGAAGCACGUGUUCCGUCGCCGACUGGACGACCAUACGCCGCCCUACAUUCCCAAGAAGCAGCGUGAAGAUCCCAAGUCGAGAAAGAAGUGGGCGAAGAUGUACUACCCAUACGUGCAUCCCAAGGAGAUGGUCGAUCCGCACAACAUCAAGGAGAUCGAGCGCCCGGUGCAGGGUGAGCCAGAGAUCGUUCCGCCGUGGCCUAAGCAUAAUUGAUUUAAAAUAAAAUUUUUGUUACAAGCAGAUUGUUGAAUGUUUUAAUAAUAAUUGGAGAAAAGCAAA